GAGGCCGGACUGGGUCGGGUUUGUUGUCACCGUUAUAUUCAGACGCAUGCGCACUGUUACAUGUUUCCUCAUGAAAUGUGUACCUGCGCUCUAAUGAGCCACUGAAAUUCGCUUUGUAGUGCGUCGGUUGAGCAGGUAAUACUAUUUACCUGCCACAAACAUCAACUCCCACCUUGACAAAGACACCUAGCUGUGUCUUAACCUACCGGACUGAGUGAAUUACCGCGCAAGACUUCGUGAAUUGAGAGUAUAGCGGAAGACGGCGGAAGGUGUAAGCAGAAGCGGGUGAACGUAGCUCCACGGAAACCUGUACAGGUACAAAAAGUUUGCGUCAAGAGCUGUGCGUAUAGAGCGAAGAACUCGGCUUUGCUUUCCCAAACCGAGGAAAGGGCAAUUGAACACACCAUCUGAGAAGGACUUUACACUUAUUUUGGAGCAGUUUUUCCAAAAGUAGGUCGGUGUUUAAAAGCCUGCCGUUUAAUUUGGAGAGAUAGCGGGGAAGGACCUCGGGAAUAGACCAUCAUGCCACGAGCUUUCCUAGUGAAGAAAACGGGCAAUUCACCCGGCAAGAGAAACUGGAGCAAUCUACCAGAUCAUGAACGCGGAGACAUUUAUAUUCCAGUCUCCAUGUCGCCCAUCGCACUUCGUGAGGAAACCGAAGCCAGUCCGGCAGAGGUGGCGCUGUGCCUGUCCACUCGCAAGGACCACAGCAUGUACACAACCAACCAGAUGUACACCAAUGACCCCGGUGCUGUGGUUCCUGCGGCUGAGCUCCCAUCAUGCACCGCUCUAGGCCAGAGUCCAGAGACCGAGCACAUCCGAAGCACACACAACAAUACGUACGUGCGCACUAAAAUAAAGGUUACCACAGGUGAGCUUCCCAAAGAGGUUCCACCUAUUGUUCCCAGUCUAACUACAAGUCCACCUGCUUCUAUAGCGACACCUUGCUCCCCUCCUGCCGCUAAGUCCCCUUCGGUGCAGUCGAGUGGCGGGACUUAUGUUUGCCAGGUGUGUCAAAAGGUUUUCCAGUUCCAGCGCAUGCUAAACAGACACCUGAAAUGUCACUGCGAGCAGAAGAGACACCUGUGCGACUUUUGCGGAAAGGGCUUUAACGACACCUUCGAUCUCAAGAGGCACGUCCGCACACACACGGGUGUUCGUCCGUACAAGUGCAAUCUCUGCGAAAAGGCCUUCACUCAGCGCUGCUCUCUGGAGUCCCACAUGAAGAAGAUUCAUGGUGUCACGCAGCAGUACGCUUACAAGGAGCGCCGCAACAAGUUGUACGUCUGUGAAGAGUGCGGCCAUACAGCUUCUACCCAGGAUGCAUUGCUGCGCCACCUCCACACUGAACAUCCAAACAGUGUCCUCCUGCGGGCCAAGGGGGCACGGAGACAGUCACCGAUGAUGAACGCUACCAUAGAUGACUCCUCCCAACCUGGUUCCCCUCUCUCUCAUAACAGCGAUGACACUGUAGAGUCCGGAGGGAGGUAGAGAAAGGGAUGUUUCCAAAAAAAAAAUUUUUUUAAUGUAUAUAUAAAGGGAUGUGAUUUAAUGUGCAUUCUGAUUGUUUCAUUCAGAAAACAGACAUGAGGGAAGAGGGAAUUUAAAAAGGGAAAGUGAAGUCAUGCAGAAUGCUGUUUUAAUGCCAGUACGCUGAGAUUCAGUUUACACUUUUGCUGCAGAAUCAAGCUGUACAUUUUCUCUGAAAAACACAAAAGCAAAUGAUGACAUCUACAGCAUAAGUAUGCACUACUUCAGUUUACAUAUUAUUAUUAUUAUUAUUAUUAUUAUUAAAAUAGAUGAAACACAACUCAGGAGAAAUACACAAUUCAAUGUGACAUUAAAUAGUUCGAUUUUUACUGUGUGGGACAGUGAUUUUAUGUAGCAAUGUUUCAACACUAAAAUGAACUCUGUAACAACUGAUAGUUACAUAUCAGCAGUCCCUGAUGUUUAAAAAAGGGAUUUAGAAAGUAAAUACAUUUUGUGUUGUUGUAUUACUACUGUAUGUAAUAUAUACUUGCAUAAAUUCAUCAUAAAAAGAUUUAUAUUUAUCCUGGUGUUUUAUUUUCCUGGGUAUGUUUUUUGCUAGAUUUAUACAUUUACUUCCACAUGUAACAACCUUUAAUGAUUGUAAUACUUGUGUUUUGGGGUUACUAUUAUUAUUUGUACUUUUCAUAUUCAAAAGCAUCAUAUAGCCUAUGUUAUACCAUUUUACUUUCUUGUCACUGUUAGAUAAAUGAAGCUGGCUCUUUGGCAAUCUAUAACAACACACUUACACAAUAAAUGUGUUUUUGUUGAUGGUUUCAAAAGAAA